AUGACUGGCCAUUUCUUCGAAGGAGCUGAAAAAUUACUGGAAAUCUGGUUCGCAACAAGUGCCAGCAGUACAGCAAAAUAUUUACCACGAAAUGACUUAAGAAAUAUACCGCGGGAUAUUAUUGAAGAAGUAUUAAAUUUGGUUAACUGUAAGGUUCUUCAAUAUGCUCAAUCGGCUACAACCGAUACAUAUGUUUUAAGUGAAUCGAGCAUGUUCAUUUUUCGAACACAUUUUGUUUUAAAAACAUGCGGCGAAACAACAUUACUUCACGCAGUUCAACCAAUAUUGGAACUUGCACGAGAUUAUUGUGAUUUUGAUGUAGUCGAUCAAGUCUUCUACAGUCGUCGAAAAUUUCUUCGACCUGAAUUACAAAAAGCACCUCAUACAAGUUUCGAUCAUGAAGUUGCUUAUCUUGAUUCACUUUUCGAAGGUGGUAGUGCAUAUGUCCUUGGUCGAACCAAUGUCGAUUGUUGGUACUUAUAUACGCUCGACAAGACAUGUGUCCAUGCGAAAACAGAUCAAACAUUGGAAAUCAUAAUGACUGAUUUAGAUCGGGAUAAAAUGAAAAUAUUCUAUCAAGAACAUACAAGUUCGGUAGCAGAAGCGACGAAAAAAGCUGGUAUUGAUAAAAUCUUUCCGAAUGCCAGAAUCUUUGAUUAUUUAUUUGAUCCAUGUGGUUAUUCAAUGAAUGGCCUUUUACCGGAUGGGCAUUAUUUUACUAUUCAUAUAACACCGGAACCGGAUUUUUCAUAUGUUAGUUUUGAAACGAAUGUUCCCUACCAGCAAUACAAUGAUGUCAUUCGUAAGGUCGUUGCUUUGUUUAAUCCAGGCAAAUUUACAACAACAAUUUUUGGUGGAACAGCAUCAACCAGUCUUGAUAUGCACCGUAAAUUAUUUUUAUAUUCAGACUAUGAUCGUAUUGAUCAUCAAGUUGUUUGUCUGGUCGAUUAUGAUUUAAUCUAUAGCUACUACAAAAAGCAUCCAAGCUGA